AUGGGAUCUUAUACUAAUAGUCCUCCCAAUAUACAACCUGUUGGCUCGCCGUUUUCUAGUUUUUCUUACAAUUCGAACGUUGCUUCCGUACAGCACUCGCCGGUGACAUCGUUCGUCGUUCCCGGCAGUGCGGAGCCUCUGAAGAUCGUCACGAGCCCGAAUUUAUCACAUUCAGGCGGGUUCGACUUUUCCCAGUCUUCAAACGCUGGGCAUAAUGGCUCUCAGACUAGGGAAAUUUCCACUGUUUACCUUCCUCCCAUAAGGUACAGGUACGACAGCGCCACGGGCACGCUGGUCCAGGUUAGCGGGCCUUCUUCCACCAGCCCUCAGGUUAAGUCGCCUGAGUCUAGCGCGCCUCCAGGUUUCACGCAGUUUAAUCUGCCUGUCGUCUCCUACACCAGCACGGGGCAGGAAAAUCCUCUAUCGCAAAAUCAACAUCUCUUCAACCAGAACUCUAACGUUUUCGGAAGCCCACAGGCGACGGUGAACUACGGGUAUAGAAUGCCUAACUUCAACACUCAGGCGUACCCGCAGCCUCAGCCUCAAACGUUCGUGCAGCCGGGGCCGCAGACCCAGCCGUUUGUGAACCCCCAGUUUGAAAAUAACAAUUUCACAAACUACCCUGGGUUUCAGAAUCCAUUUGGACAGAGCCAGGGGCCUCAGGCGUUUUCAAAUCAGCAGUUCAAAGGGCCAGCUCCGGGGUUUUCUAAUCAGAGAUUUCAGCAGCAGGCACCGGCGGCAGGCCCGGGCCCCUUUCCUCCCCAAUCUUUCGGCACUCUUCCGACUUUUGGAAACCAAAUGGCGUAUGAAGGUGCUCAGAGGGGAGGGAACUGUAACAAAUACAACGAAAAUAUGUAUAUGGAUACGCCCAGGGCAAGGUACGAGGCGGCAGUUAAGGACUACUACGACAGGAUGAACGGGAACUUUCAGAACUAUAAUGUUCCAGAGAGCCCCAACGGCCUGGCACAGGCGUUUUCGGCAUUUGAGAACGUGGCGUCCAAGUUUUUUUCAGGCACCGAUGCUUUCGUUUCAGAUUUCAAGGACGCAGCCUUUAAAAUUUUAAACCCGAACUCCUCAGAUUACCUGAAGGCGGCCGUUUUCAAGCUCCAGAGACUCGAAAACGUGCCAGUUAACCCCAACUCAGUUUCCAAAUUGAGUUUCAACGUCGUUGCCUAUUUCGACCCGAAAACUGAGAACUACGAUGCGCACAAAUCCGAGAAGCAGUGGGCCCUGCCCACGGAAAAACUCGGACUGGUCGACUGCGACCUCAAGGGGGAGACCCUGAAGGUGCCGUGGAGGGGCGAAGAGUUCAUCUUUUUGAAAAUACUGGAAAACGUGGGACCAAACAGGUUCGUCUUGGGCCGACUGCAGCUGAAGCUCGACACACUGGUAACUGGCCACCCACUGAAGGUGACUGUGAUAGGAGACGACGGACAGCAGAAGGGGAACGCAAUACUCGAGUUCGCGGUGGGAGCCGUUAGCAUGGAGGAAUUUAACCAAAUGAACGCGAGAAAGUUCAUGAACGCAAGCUACAGGGCGAACAACGAGGAAAACUCUAAAAAUAACACGAUGCCGGGGUACGAGGCAAUGUUGGAGCAGAAGAACCAGCUGGAAUCCGGCCGGUACGGCUGGCCCAGGACCAGGUUGGCGAACAAAUCACAGAGACUCAGCAAGCAUAACGUAAGUUUACACCAGCGAUUCAAAUAUAUUCAGAACGAUCUGAUGCCACCCCUCAAGUAUCUGGUGAGCUGGUGUUGCGACAUUACGGACCAGGAUCUCCCAUAA